UAUUUAUUUUUUUUACCGUUUGGUCCCUUCCACCAAAUCACGAUCGAACACCCAACACUCGAACAAUUCGACUCCAUGGCAAUACCCCUCCCUCUGCUCUGCCGCUCUCUAAAGCCGUCGAUUUCCCUUCCCCCUUUCCUUUCUCGCUCCCCUGGCUCUCACCCCAAGAUACCCUCUUCGCGUUCUCUCGUCCCAUGCCUCGCGAGGCCCCUUCGAAGCCUGGGCACCGACGCGGCACCCGUCGUGGUCGCCGGCGACGACAAGUACGGGAAGAAGCAGGUCAUCAGCGUUACCCCUCAGCUCUAUGAUUACGUCUUGUCCAAUGUUCGUGAACCUCCGAUCCUUCGUGAGCUUCGUGAAGAAACGGCAGCCAUGAGAGGGAGCCAGAUGCAGGUAUCUCCUGAUCAGGCCCAACUACUUGCAAUGCUUGUACAGAUUCUUGGGGCACAACGGUGCAUUGAAGUUGGUAUAUAUACGGGAUACUCCUCUUUAGCUAUUGCACUAGUUCUUCCUGAAUCAGGCCGUUUGGUUGCAUGUGAAAGAGAUGCCAAAUGUCUUGAAAUUGCAAAGAAAUAUUAUAAGCGUGCUGGUGUCUCUCACAAGGUGGAUGUAAAGCAUGCCCUAGCAGUGGAUUCUUUAAAAGCUUUAAUUCUGAAUGGUGAAGCUUGCAGCUAUGAUUUUGCAUUUGUCGAUGCUGAAAAGCGAAUGUACAACGAAUAUUUUGAGUUACUAUUGCAACUGGUGAGGGUUGGAGGGCUUAUUGUCAUUGAUAAUGUUCUUUGGCAUGGCAAAGUUGCAGAUCCCCAAGUAAAUGACCCAAAGACCAUCAGUAUAAGAAAUUUUAAUAAGAAAAUUCUUGAGGAUGAGCGCAUUAGCAUUAGCAUGGUGCCAGUUGGGGAUGGCAUGACAAUAUGCCGCAAAAGAGCACAUGGUUGAAGGCCGUAUGAGGUUUCAAGGUACUUUGAGAACCUGCUGCCUUGCUUCAUGAACUGAGACAGCCGAGAUUUGCACACAUGGAGCUUGCUCAGACCUUUGCUUUGAGGCACUUGAUGAAAUUCUACCAAGAACUGACAAUUUAUAGUCAGCCUCCUGGAGCAAAUUCAUGAUGAAGGGGCCAGGGCCCAUCACCUGCAAUGUAAAAGCAUCUCUUGUUGGUAAAUUAACUGUUGCAUGUAUGGUUCCAAAUUCUUCAUUUUUAAAGAGAAAGGGAGGGGAUCCCACCAAGCAUAAAGUUUAAAUACUUUGGGAUCCACUACCAAGACUCAAAUCUAAAACCUCCUCUUCAUAGGGGGUGUGACCAUUUUGGCAAUGACUGGUUCACUUGUCACAUGUAUUCUUUUCAAAGAGAUUAAUUUGUAGUUUGGCUGUUACCCAGAGGCAUCACAUAUGGAUAUAGGAAUUGUGGGUUCCUGAAUUACUUAUGUUAAUUGGAGGCAAUGAUGCAAGCGUUUGUGGGUUAAUUGAUUUCACUGUUUGUAGCAAGUUAAUUUUAAAACUAUGACAGAAAAGUAUGUUGGUGAUUGCAGGCAUUUCAUAGCUCUUCUGUAACCUGUUUGGUAUUCACGAUCUUCAUGCACAGCCAUGAGAUAGUGUCCUUUAUGUGUACACAUGGAUUUCCCUUGUAAACAAUCUGGUUGGUGCAAACUAGCAUA